AUGGUUAACCUUGCUGUCAUCGCCACCACCCUGGUGGGCGUGCUGCUGCUGCCGGCAGCCGUGCUGGGUGCGCCCGUCGACGUUGUCGACCACAACAUCAAGGACCGGUACAUCGUCACGCUCAAGCCCGGCGUGACCAUCGAGAGGCGCGAGGCCCACCUGGAACGCGUGGCCAGUCUGCACAAGCGUAGCCUGGGUCGCCGUGACUUGCCCGGCACGGAGAGCACGGUCACCAUUGAGGAUUUUCAUGCCUACUACGGCAAGUUUGACGGCGCUACGGUGGAGGAGAUCAAGAAAGACCCCGAUAUGCACCAGGUCGCCGCUGUGGAGCCCGACCAGAUCUGGACCACGUCUGCCCAGGUGGUCCAGAACGGCUCAACGUGGGGCCUCGCCGCCAUAUCACACCACGGGCCCGGCUUCGACUCGUACAUCUACGACGACGCCGUCUCGGGCGCCGACAUGUACGCGUACGUCAUCGACAGCGGCAUCAACAUCGACCACGUCGAGUUUGGCGGCCGGGCGGUGCGCGGCUACAACGCCUGGGGUGGCGCGCACACCGACGCUAGCGGUCACGGGACGCACGUCGCCGGCACCAUCGGCGGCAAGACGUACGGUGUGUUCAAGGACGUGAACUUGAUCGAUGUCAAGGUCUUUGGCACAUCGUCAAGCACGACGUCUAUCAUCCUGGAGGCCUACACGUGGACUGUCAACGAUAUCCUGAACAAAAACCGAACGGCCAAGUCAGUCAUCAACAUGUCGCUUAGUGCUCGCACCUCUGAUGCCUACAGCGCCGCUAUAGCCGCUGCAUACAAAUCAGGCGUGCUGAGCGUCGUCGCUGCCGGGAAUGACAACUUGCUGUCUUCUAGUCGCUCGCCCGGAUCCGCUCCCGAGGCCAUCACCGUGGGUGCCAUCGCUUCGGACUGGUCCGAGACCGAGUACUCCAACUACGGCCCCUCGGUCGACGUCCUGGCGCCGGGUACCUUUGUCCUGUCGGCGUACAUUGGUAGCAACACGGCGACGGAAUCCAUGACGGGCACGUCGUCGGCCAGUCCUCAUGUGGCCGGACUGGCGCUGUAUCUGAUGGCACGCGACGGUCUGUCGAGCCCCGCGACUGUGGCUGAUCGGAUCAAGGAGCUGGCCACUCCUAACGUCGUGACGCUACUCAAGCCUGGCACGCCCAACCUGGUGGCUUUCAACGGCAACUCACUUGCUUGA